AUGGCACUGCAAUCAUUUGUAUAAUAAGUCAUUCUUAACAUGCUAAAUUGCAUUUCUUAAUCAGUAGAGCAUGUUAAACUAACUGUAGAGUGUAAAGGAAGCACAAUGAUAAAUGCAAUUUUAGAAUAUAGAUUUACUUUGAGACCAGAAUACUUUAUUCCAUUUUCAGAAUUCAAACAAAGCAUUACUUAAUCUUUAGAAGUAGAAUUUUAGGCAUAUAACGAUAACUCAGAAUACUUUAUCAAGUAAUAUCUUGUAUAAACAUUUCCAAAUCUAAAGGCGCUAAAGAUAACCUACGGAACGACUUAAGGAAACUUAAAAAUAGGAUACCAUCCAGAUGUAUCAGGCAAGUUUAGUGAGCAGAAUAAGCAUGAAUGA